GCGACCCAGCUUGUUCAAAACCAAGGGGGGGUUGAACAUUUGGGAUUUUUUUUUACUUGGACUGCUGACGCGUCCACCGGCUGUGCUGUAUGGACUUCUGGAGCACCGUGGCACAGCUUCCACCAUGUUACUCCACUUUUUAGUUUUAGGGGCCUUUGUUUUGCACGCUGAAUGUUACUUUUCGGAGGAAAUGUACCCGGAGGAAUCGCAGAUGCAGCCUCCUACGGUGGUUAUCGCUAUCCUAGCCCGAAACACUGCUCACUCCCUGCCAUACUACCUCGGGGCUCUGGAGAGGCUCAACUACCCCAAAGAUCGCAUCUCCGUGUGGGCAGCCACGGAUCACAAUGUAGAUAACACCACAGCCGUAAUGAAAGAGUGGCUGACUUUCAUGCAGCAAUUCUACCAUUAUGUUGAGUGGAGACCAAUGGACCAGCCCACGUCCUAUGCAGGAGAGAUGGGUCCUAAGCAUUGGCCCAACUCUAGAUAUGAGUAUGUGAUGAAGCUGAAGCAGUCAGCACUCAACUUCGCAAGGAAACGCUGGGCCGAUUAUAUCCUGUACGCUGAUACUGACAAUAUCCUCACCAACCCGGAGACCCUCAAUCUUUUGAUAGCUGAGAACAAGUCAGCCAUCGCUCCAAUGCUCGACUCUCAGGGAGCGUACUCCAACUACUGGUGUGGUAUAACUCCACAGGGAUAUUAUCGGCGGACAGCAGAGUAUUUCCCCACCCGUCACCGUCACAGACUGGGCUGCUUCCCUGUGCCCAUGAUCCACUCCACCAUUCUGCUGGACUUAAGGAAGGAAGGCAUGCAGAAACUGGCCUUCUUCCCCCCUCACGAGGACUACUCGUGGCCCUAUGACGACAUCAUAGUGUUCGCCUUCUCCUGCCGGGCUUCAGAGGUACAGAUGUACCUGACUAACAAGGAGCGAUACGGGUAUCUGAACGUACCAGCCAAACCUCACCACACCUUGGAAGAUGAUCGCCUCAACUUUGUCCACGUCCAUCUUGAAUCCAUGAUUUUUGGUCCUCCAAUGCAGCACUCAAAAUACGUCCAGAUGAUCCAAAAAAAGAGAGACCUCAUGGGCUUUGAUGAGAUUUAUCUGAUUAAUCUGAGACGGCGUGCUGACCGUAGGGACCGGAUGUUGUUCUCUCUAAAUGAGCUGGAGAUUGACGUCAAGGUGGUGGACGCUGUGGAUGGAAAUGCACUGAACAGCAGCGACAUUAAGAUCCUCGGGGUUGACCUCCUGCCAGGCUACUAUGACCCGUUCUCUGGACGCACCCUGACCAAAGGAGAGGUGGGCUGCUUCCUCAGCCACUACUUCAUCUGGAAGGAGAUGGUGGACAUGCAGAUGGACAAGGCCCUGGUGCUUGAAGACGAUGUGCGUUUCCAGGCUAACUUCAAGCGACGGGCCCUCAGACUGAUGGAGGAGGUGGAGCAGGUGGAUCUUGACUGGGACAUCAUAUACUUUGGCAGAAAGCAAGUGAAUCCUGGAAAGGAGGAGGCGAUGGAGAACAUACACAACUUGGUAAUGGUCGACUACUCGUAUUGGACUCUGUCCUACGCCAUCUCCCUGCAGGGAGCCCAAAAACUGCUCAAUGCUGAGCCUCUAUCCAAGAUGCUUCCUGUCGAUGAAUUCCUCCCCAUCAUGUAUGACAAACAUCCCAAUGAGAAGUACAAGUCCCAUUUCCCAAACAGAAAUCUACAAGCCUACAGCACACAACCCCUCCUGGUCCAGCCGUGUCACUACGCCGGUGAUCCCGAUUGGGUGAGCGACACAGAGACGUCAACUCUGUGGGACGAUGACGCUGUCCGCACAGAUUGGAGGGGCUCCCACAAGACCCUUAAAGGAGCCUCACCGCCUCCUCUAUCUGCGGCCUACAAGGAUGAACUUUAGUUCGGAGCAGACGUAGUGGCCGAGAACCUGCGGGUCAAAAGGCCACGAGGUCAGAGAGACAGAGGCUGAGUGGAGAAAGUGUUCCAAGACUUUAUUUCAGUCCACUCUGUUUCAAGACACUGACAUGCUCAUGUUUUUUUAACUGGACUUUUUAAAGCAUGCAGCUAGUCUGUGGCAAUAGGGGUUUUUUGGGACGGAAACAGUAUAAGGGACAAUGUUAAGUGAGGCUGUUUUGUAAACACGUGUCAAAUUGUUUGAGUUUUAGUUCUCUUACAAUGUCAAUACAACAUCUACACUUUUAUUCAGACAUUUUUACAACUUGUAUUUGUUAAUCUGUUGGGCACUGACUGAGGCUUCUGAAGCUGCACUGCUCCAAACUCCUGGCCUGUCCGAACAAAAUAGUAUAUUGUUAUUGCUUUUAUUUACUUUUUUUGUUGGUAGAUCAGUCUUUCUAUGCAUUCCUCCAUUUGUGCAUGUCUUUCAUUGGAACUGCUAAGAGUUAUAUUUAACACAAGGCUUGGCUGACCCCAAUUAAUAUUUCCAUUGACUUUUUUAGCAGUUUUGAAGCUGAUUUACCUCAUGGUUUUCUAGGGACAGCUUGAGUCUGAAUGUUUGCAUUUGACAAUCAAAGCAUUUUUUAUAAAUGUGUAUUUAUAUAAAGCCAUAGUGAGAUGAACUGAAACAAUCUUGAGUAAUAACACUAAAUCUCCCCUUGUUGUGUUUUAGUAUUUUUCUCAUUUCACAUUGAGUUACAGAAAUUGGAAUUCAAUUUUGAAGUUUACACAAUAUUUUAGAAGCACUCCAAAUCGUACCACCACCAGGUAAUUUUUUCCCACAUUAAAUAAUAUAUCGUACUAUUUUCUAGGUAUACAAACAACAAAACCAUACACCAAUUUAGUUUUUAUUAUCCAACCCUUAAAUUGGCAUACAUUUCAGUUGAAUCAACAGUAACCAGUGCCAAAACUCCUCUAGGAGUUUGCUGGCAAUUCAAAUUACAGCUACAGGACAUCUUCUAUGUUUUUUUAUUCAUGGUGACAUCUUUGGACACCCUCCUCUGAAAUAAGUUGUAAUUUUGGGAAGUAAUUGCAUAGAAUCAAUGCAGCAUGUUGAUACGUUACCUCCAUUUAUUGGCAGUGUAUCUUUGAGUGCUCCUACUUUUUGGAGGAAACCCGUAUGCUUUCCUGUGCUACAUGUUGUUAAAAAAAAAGACCAAAGCAGAAUUCUGUAAAAGCCAUAUCACGACGCAGCCUUUAAUAACCUAUUUGUAACAUCCUUGGGAAACUUAAAUCUAGGAGUGUUUUGAAAUAUGUCUGCACAGCUAUGCAAGUAACUGAUGUGGUAAUUUAAAUGGAUAGAUUUAAAUUAAGAUCACCAAGUUACACUAAACUUAUAUUAUGGAUGUCGAUCUUCAUUAGCAAUUAAGAUGGUCUAAUUUCAUGUAUUCAUUUUCUAUCUGUUAUUGUGUUGCUUUCCUUAAUUUGUCUUAAUUUAUUUUUUGAUGCAGUUAGCGGAUGACUAACACAACCUGAUGUCAAGUAUACGAUCAAAAUGCAAUGGCUUUUCAGACCAAGACUUACUGUUUGUCUUCUAGCAAUACAUUGCUAUUUCAAUGUUAUGCAACAGAAUGUUUAAUGAACUGUAAAGCAAACAUUUUGAAAACAUGAAAGUGUAGUUUUGAUAAUGCUGAUUUACUGUCUGACUGUAAUUAUUACAAUUCUUUAUAAUUGAAUAAACACAAAACUUUCUGACAAAGAA